UGCUCUCAACAACAUCAACAAUAUCAUACAAACUCUAACCAACUUCAACAAAAUAACAGAAGACCUAGCAAUUACAAAUACAAUACCAAACCUCAACUCCAAAAUCACCCAAAUCAACUACAACACUGA